AUGCCUCCUGGACGGAACAUGGAAUUGCUCCAGUGCAACCUCAACCACUCCCCGCGUGCACAAGAUCUUAUGAUCCAGCACAUGGCGGAGUGGGAGGUUGCUGCGGCUGCUGUAGCGGAGCCAUAUUAUGUCCCGCAGCAGGCUAACUGGGUGGGUGACGGGAUAGGCACGAAAGCCACGGUGGCCAUUGUGGCGCCGGCCAUGGGCGGUCUGCCCCUCUCCAGAGUCUCCACGGGCCCUGGUUAUGUGGUGGCCAAAUUGGGGGACUUUGUACUGAUCGGCGUAUACUUCUCCCCAAAUAGGCCACUACACGAGUUCGAGGCUUACCUGGAGAGGCUGGGACGGGCGGUGGCUGGUGCGGCUCCAUCCCCCAUAAUGGUCGUGGGGGAUCUCAACGCCAAAUGCGCUGCGUGGGGCUCCCCUAGGACCGACCCCAGGGGAACAGUGCUCCUCGAGUGGUUGGUCGGGCUGGGGCUUGAAGUGGUGAACCAGGGCACAGCCAACACCUGCGUGCGCCUGGGGGGGGGGGUCUAUUAUUGA